UGUGAAUUUGUCAUGGACCACAACAAAUAUAUGUUUACACACCAAUGAAGUACGCACUUCAUGUGUUAUAUUACUGGGGAAAUAUUAAUAUCUGUCAAAUCACAAGAUUUUACAUUCGGAGGUACACAAUGAUCGAUGUACAUUGACAUUGUUUAGUAUCAUAUCUGCUAAUGUUUCUGCAGUAGAGUGAAAGUAAAUUUCGUAGCAAACUGGAUUUUCUGUGACUUUGAAAUACCGGUAAUAUUAGUACAUUGUACCGCAAUUAUGGUUUUACAAGGAUGGAGGUGUAAGUCAAAUAACUCUGUGAUUCAUUAAAUCUGUGGUGUAUGUAACCUGUGAAACAGUUUUCCAAGGAUAGGUGUCCAUUAAGGGAUGUUUUACCCCGUUUUUGCCGGAGCUGCACCGAGGGGGAAGCCCAAGUCCCCCGAUGUCCGGAGCUCGAGGAAGUGGUCCCGAGCCAACAAGCCUACACUGAGACAAAUCCACACCAAGAUGUCUGGAAACUACUUCCAUCGGGGAAUUUCCCGCCUAAGAGCCGAGGAGCUGCUUUUGUCGGCCGGAGAAGAUGGAUGUUUUCUUGUCCGAGACAGCGAGACAUUGCAGGGGGCAUAUGUCUUAUGUUUGUUGUACCAGUCCAGGGUGCACCAGUACAGAGUUCUCCCCGGUCACGACAACCAAUUGUCCAUUCAGGCAGAAGGCGGGGCUCCAGAGCCAAAAUAUUCAGAUCUGAAUUCCCUGGUAGCAGACUACAUGAAAAAGGGAGAUAAAAAUGGGCUAGCGUUUGGACUGAAGUUUCCGGUCCCCCCAGACAGAGGGGAAGAAGUGGACUCAGAGCCGGAGAGUUCCCCAGUCUGGAUAUAUUGCGGCGACGAGUCCCCAUUACUGUCUAACCAACACUCCCAGUUUCCACUGUUUCGAGAUGACGACGAUUACCAGGACAACCCGAAUGUCGUCCCACCCCCUCCACAAAAUUUCGGCAGUAACGGCUUCGACCCCAAUCCAGAGGAGCAAAAGAUCAAAACUACGCUGCUGAAUAACUUUACCAAAAUCGACAGAAACAGCAUAGACUCAGAUUUCUUCGAUACCUUGAGGAAUUACUUUGAGAAGGGUAUUGAAACAGAUGUAACGGCUGUGAAAGCAGGGGACUCAAAUCUUCCAGAAUUUCAAAAACUUCUGGAGUUUGCAGCCAAAAAUUUACAGAAGGAGUUGGACAAGUUCAUCAAGAAGGUGCGGACAAUUAACGACCUCCUGACCGUCCCAGAAACCUCUUCAUUGUCCCGCUCACCCUCCAUGGUAGAUAAGAGUGGAUCCAGUAUUCCAUCCAUGUUGGAAAAAAUGAACAAAUGUAGAAGCAAUCUUGUGUCUUUGGAUAAUAAAGUCCAGGAGACGCUGCGUUAUUUCUCCGUCUCUCUUUACGACAGUCUGCCCUUUGAGACCCAGGAAUCGGACCCUCUGCCCGAGUCGUGCACGCCCCUUCUCUCCUCCCUCGGAAAACCACACAUUCCCAGAAGUGAUUUUGAGGUCAAGGUGAUACGCACAGGGAAGCAGUCCAAAAUGACGCUCUCUGUUGAUAUACCCCAUGGUCGGCUGUAUGCUGUGAAGCCAUCCAAGGAAUCCCUGGAUAGCAAUAACAUCUUCACUCAUGAGAGAAUUACCCAGCUUGUGAAGAGUACAAAAGAUAACACUAGGCUUGACAUGCUGGUUCUGGACGAGGAGAAAAAGAAAAAACAGACCAAGUUCACAUUCGCCUUCACGUCUGUCCACGUACGCGAGACGUUCUGUCAGCAGAUCAUGCAGAUGAAGAACAUGCACUCAUCUGCGGUUGACGUCGAUCAAAUUUCUGUGUUCGUCGGGACCUGGAAUAUGGGUGACAGUCAACCUAUGUCGUCAAUCAAUAGCUGGUUACGAUGUAAUGGGACGGGUAAAUUAAGAGACCCCCAGGUACUGGGUGUAAUCCCACAUGACAUGUACGUCAUCGGUACACAAGAGAGUGCACUGACAGAGAAAGACUGGGUCAACUUUGUCAAAAACCACAUCAAAUCCUGUCUCAGGGCAGACGUGGAAAUGGUGGAGGUGUGUACAUUGUGGGGAAUUCGGUUAGUGGUGCUGGUCAAGAAACAAUUACACCAGUAUAUCAACAGAAUACAACAUUCCACAGUUAGGACUGGCAUUGCUAACACAUUAGGCAAUAAAGGAGCAGUGGGGAUCUCAUUUUAUUUCAAAGGAACUUCAUUUUGUUUUGUCAAUUGUCACCUAACAUCAGGAGAUGAGAGAAAUGAAAGGAGAAACCAGAACUACCGAGACAUAAUAAAGGGCCUGUCCCUGGGCCAGAAACACCUGGGGCUGUUUGACGUUCUCAACCAGUUUAACCACCUGUUCUGGCUCGGCGAUCUCAACUACCGCGUGGAGGACAACAUUGGUACAAUCCUUGAAAAGUUGGAGAACAGGGACAUUGAUUAUCUACUGACAAAGGACCAAUUAAAGAAAUCUCAGCGAGAAAAGAAGGGCUUCUGUGGCUUCAGUGAGGAAGAGAUUUCAUUUAUGCCAACCUACAGGUUACCUCGAUCUCAGAUAGAGUAUAAGUACGACUGGAGAAAACAGAAGAAAACAGGGGAGAGGAUUAAUGCCCCUUCUUGGUGUGACAGAGUGUUAUGGAGAUCUUACCCAGGGACCUACAUAGAAAAUCUAGCUUAUGGUUGUGCGGACAAGGUGCUUGGAAGUGACCACAGGCCUGUGUUCUCAUCCUUCAAUGUGGGGGUCACUUCUGAUUUUGUUAUGAACAGAAAUUCCCUGUCCAGUGAAUCACUGAUCAAGAUCGUCUUCUACCAGGUUGUUGCUCAGGUUAAGACAUGUUGUAAGCAGUAUUUUUAUCUUGAAUUCCAUUCCACAUGUUUGGCAGAUGUUGUUUCCAGUCAAGCAAACACAUCAUUCCAGCAGCACAAAACAGGUUUCUAUACAUGUCCAGUGUGGGACAAGAAGCAAAUUCCAGAGCUGAGGCCUCUGUUUGGGGAUGAAGAAUACUUAGGAGAACAACACAUUCUGAUUGCUGUUCGGUCCAGAGAUAGCGACAACGAGUGCUAUGGGGAGUGUGUGGUGGAACUGAAGGGAAAAAUCAACGUAAACAAACCCCAGUCGUUUGAGAUUCAGCUGCUUCAUCAAGGGGAAGUCACUGGGAAACUCAGUGGCCAAGUACAUGCUCUAACAGGAACAUUUGCUCCUAGAAGUUCAAAGAAGUCCUAUGAAUUGGUUGCCUUGGAUACAGAGUAUAUUGAUCCAGAACUGAUGCAUGCAGAUUCUCCCAACAUUCCACCUCCGGAUUGCCAGCCUCCUGUCCCAACCGGGACUCUGAUCAGCAACCCACAUGCAACCCUCACCCAUGUCCAGAGCAUGCCCACAGUGAUGUCAGAGAGACAAGGCAUUCCGAUAUCUCGGCCCGCCGCUGACGAUUUACCGUACAAGUAUGGAGAUGUUGCUUCAAGUCAUUUGUUUAUGAAACAAAUAGAGCAUUGUGAUUUGUUUAAAAAACAAAUGGAGCAGUAUGAUUUGUUUGAAAAACAAACGGAACAAUGUGAUUUGAAUACCUCUCGCAUGAAGAGUCACCCUCUGCCUGGGAUGCAGAGCUCCAUCAGGGUGGGGCCCUCAGGGGGCACGGUCACAGAGCCCCCCAACAAACCCCCACCACCCCUCCCCAAGAAACAGCCCAGCUAUGUCAACAUAACUAAAGCACAUCCCGUUGGAGAAUGGCUGAAAAGUAUAAACCUGCCUCAGUAUCAAGAUAACUUCCUCAAAAACGGAUUUGAUGUUUUACUGAAUCUCAAGAACAUGUCAAAGCGAGACCUAAAGGAGAUCGGCAUCAGCAAUGUGAUUCAUAUAGACAUGAUGUUGGAAAGUCUCAAACGAAUCAGUCAGUGAUUCAGACUUGAUCCCGCUAGGUGUGAUUCAUUUAGACACAUGAUGUUGAACUUGACCAUCAAAGUUUGAUAUAGGCAUCAGCAAACUAUUAUAUAUAUUGUUGAUAAAGGCAAGAGCAUGUGAUUUUUAUAGACACUUGAUGAUGGAAUCAGUCAGUGAUUCGGACGUAAUGGAAUUUGGCGUUUCCGAUUGUGAUUUAUAGAUAAAUACAAACGGUAAUGAAUCGGUCAAUGACGUAGACUUAAUGAAAUUAAGCAUCAGCAAUUAUGUUGAAGAGGAUUGAUCUGCAAAUAAAACAACAAAGUCACGGAUUGGAUUCUGAAUUAAAUCAACAAGACUUGCUCAGUUUAAAUCCUCGGAUAAUAUUGUAUAUGAUUGAAUUUUUUAUAGAAUUGUCUUGGACAUUGUGAUUUUCUGCUGCAAUUUCAUUCAAAAGGAGAAGUUCCUUGAAGGUUU